AUGUCGAACGACGCAACGCGAACGGAUGCUUCUACCAAGGUGCAGGACGAUGACGAGCCGGACGAAUGGGACAAGCGGAUAUUCAGCACGGGAUGCGCAGACGAGAACAUGAAGUUGACCGAUUGUUACUAUGAGAAGAAAGAUUGGCGCUUGUGCAAGAAAGAGAUGGAAAUAUUCCGCGCGUGCUGGAAGAAGCAUGGCAACGACAAGCGAACUGCUUCCAAAGACGUGUGA